UUGUAAAUUAUGGAAGUCAGUGCGUUAAAUUCUGGUGGAGUGAUGCCAUUAGACUUUAGUAAAGCGAUGCGUGUUCGGGGUGCUGUGGAUGAACCAUCGAAUAAUCGUUUAUCACCUCGAACAAAUAGUACGGAUAGUAAUAAUAUGCCGCCGACGGUAGAUAGAAAUGGUGUAUCUAUGGUAGCGGCUACGCAUAGUGCAUUUCGUGUUGUUACACCGAAAAUUAAAGCUGAAAGUAAUGGACAGCGAUUAUCACCCAUAUCACCGCUACAUUUUCCAAUUAAUGGAGCAUUUCAAACAUAUUGUCGUAGUAUAUGGAAUUCACCAUUUUUACAAAAUACAGAAACAAAAUAUCCAGAUAUAUCACCGCAUAACAGAAGAUCUUCACCAGUAUCGGAAAAUAAAUCUGAUAAAGAUCAAAUAAAAUUCGGCAUCAAUCGUCUCAUGUCCGACAAAACAUCAGACGAUGAAGAUGACGAAUAUCAUAAUAACAAUAACGAUUAUUCAAAAUCAAUCGAUAAUAAUCGGACAAUCGUUGAAACCGCUGGAAGUUGUCAUAGUGGUGAUGAAAUGGUCUCAUCACCAUCGAGAGUGAAUUCAGCAUCGUGGGAAAACGACCAACGAUGUCCAACACCAAGUACAUCACCUGAAUUAGAAGUGGAUUCACCACCUCCACCACGAUUAGUGGAUACCCCGUCACCGAAACCACCAUCAAUUACGGAUAUCAAUCCAUUAUCAAAAAAUCAUUCCUCACCGAUAAAACGUUCAGAGACAUUUUCAGUUAGUGCAUUAUUACGACCGGAUAAUCCAAAAUCUAGUAAAUCGUUAACGCCAUCUUCAAUUAGUGAAACAAUAUCUGUGACAAGACAAUUUCUUUAUCCAAAUAUUCCAUUCGCGGAUUUAUUACGGGAUGCACAAUUAAAAGGUCAUGAAUACGCAAACGGUGCGGCAAAUGCAUCUGCACCUUUUUUAUCCCGACAUUUUAUGCAUCCGGGUUUUUUUCCACCAGCUGCUAUGUAUCCUCUAGCACAUUUAAAGGAUGCAGCGGGUAAUGUUUCUGAGGAAGCUCGAGGAUUUGUUCCAUCACCAACGUCGCUUUACCUUAGUGCGGUCCAAGCUGCAGCGGCAGCUAUGCAAGCGGGUAAUGCCCAAAACGGUGGUGGACAUCCUCAACAACCUUUUCCUUCUGGUCAUACAGCAGACGAUUUAUUUCGAUUAAGACAUUUUAUGAGUGGUCCCGGUGCGUCACAGCAUUUACAUCCGCAUCAUCAUCAUUUGUUGAUGCGACCCGGAGUAAUGCCUAUCGGGGAUGUUUAUUCGUGUAUAAAAUGUGAAAAAAUGUUUUCAACGCCACACGGGUUGGAAGUGCAUGCAAGACGGUCACAUAAUGGUAAACGACCGUUUGCAUGUGAAUUGUGUAAUAAAACAUUUGGACAUGAAAUUAGUUUAAGUCAACACAGAUUGAUUUGUUCUAAUUCAACUAGGGCUGUACAUAAUGUGGAAAAAGUCUUUGAAUGUAAACAAUGUGGUAAAACAUUUAAACGAUCAUCAACAUUAUCAACACACCUGCUAAUACAUAGUGAUACACGACCAUAUCCAUGUCAGUUUUGUGGGAAACGGUUUCAUCAAAAAUCGGAUAUGAAAAAACACACGUAUAUUCAUACAGGGGAAAAACCACACAAGUGUCAAGUAUGUGGUAAAGCAUUCUCACAAAGUUCAAACCUCAUCACACAUUCAAGGAAACAUACUGGAUUUAAACCAUUUGCAUGUGAUCUAUGUGGCAGAGCAUUUCAACGGAAAGUUGAUUUACGUCGUCAUAAAGAAACACAACAUACCGAGCUACGACCCAUGGUGUCUACGUAGUGCCAACUAAAUAGUGGUGUUGUUAGUGGUGGUGGUGGCAGCACUAGUGCAUCAACUACUACGGGGGUGGUACUACCGUCGGGGAUUCCCCCGCAUCAUUUAAUACAAUCAAGUCAUCAUAGUAGUAAUUUACAACAAUCACGAAUACCAACAGCCGUUACAUCAUCAACAACAAUCACGUCACGAACGUUAUCAACAUCUAAUAAUAGUACAAACAAUGAAAAUUUUCCAUCAAGUGUUAUUAAUAAUAAUAGUAGUACAACAAUACCUGCAUCGCAAUUGUUGCGUAGUGUUUCUAAUAAUAUGGGUAUUCCAUCGGCAGCGGCAAUGUCUACCAUGUGGUAUACGGGUGGUAUGACAUCACA